CCGGUUGUUGCCUCCUACCGGCCCCUCCCUUACUGGCCCCUGCGCCCCCCUCCCCCCGCGGCCCCCGCCGCCGGGCCCGCCGCUACCAUGAAGAAAUUCUUCCAAGAGAUCAAGGCCGACGUCAAGUUCAAGAGUGCGGGGCCCGGGCAGAAGCUCACGGAGUCGGUGGGGGAGAAGGCCCCCAGAGAAAAGCCCAGCAAGGCGGCGCUCCGGCAGCCCCGCCAGGGACCUACCGAUGAGGCGCAGAUGGCGGCCGCGGCGGCUCUGGCCCGGCUCGAGCAGAAGCAGCCCAGGGCGCGGGGCCCCACGUCACAGGAGUCCAUCCGGAGCCAGGUGAGAAAGGAACUUCAAGCUGAAGCGACUGUCAGUGGGAGCCCGGAGGCCCCAGGGACCAACCCGGCGCCCAAGCCCAAAGAGGAGGGCUCGACCCACCUUGCAGUGCCCGGAGUGUACUUCACCUGCCCGCUCACAGGGGCCAUCCUGAGGAAGGACCAGCGGGACGCCUGCAUCAGAGAGGCCAUUCUCUCGCACUUUUCCACCGACCCAGUGGCCGCCUCCAUCAUGAAGAUCCACACGUUCAACAAGGACCGGGACCGGGUGAAGCUGGGCGUGGACACCAUCGCCAGGUACCUGGACAACAUCCACCUGCAUCCUGAGGAGGAGAAGUACCGGAAGAUCAAGCUUCAGAACAAGGUGUUCCAGGAGCGCAUUAACUGCCUGGAAGGGACCCACGAGUUUUUUGAGGCCAUCGGCUUCCAGAAGGUGCUGCUUCCGAUCCCCGACCAGGAGGGCCCCGAGGAGUUCUACGUGCUGAGCGAGGCCGCCCUGGCCCAGCCCCAGAGCCUGGAGCAGCACAAGGAGCAGCUGCUGCGCGCCGAGCCCGUGAGGGCCACACUGGCCCGCCAGCGCCUGGUCUUCCGGCCCUCGCCCCUGGCCUCCCAUUUCGACCUGCCUGCGGACUUCUUCAGCCUCACGGCGGAGGAGCUCAAGCGAGAGCAGCGGCUGCGGUCAGAGGCCGUGGAGCGGAUGAGCGUGCUGCGGACCAAGGCAAUGCGCGAGCGGGAGGAGCAGAGGGAGAUGCGCAAGUACACAUACACGCUGCUGCGCGUGCGCUUCCCCGACGGCUGCCUCCUCCAGGGGACCUUCUACGCCCGGGAGCGGGUGGCAGCACUGUACGCAUUUGUCCGGGAGGCCUUGCUGAUCGACUGGCUGCCUUUUGAGCUGCUGGCCUUGGGAGGGCAGAAGUUGUUGGAGGACGAGAACCUGGCCUUCAAUGAGUGCGGGCUGGUGCCCUCGGCCCUCCUGACCUUCUCGUGGGAUGCAGCCGUGCUAGCAGACAUCAGGGCUGCGGGGGUCCAGCCAGACUCAUCUGUCCUGAAACCCGAGCUCCUGUCGGCCAUCAAGAAGCUCUAAUGAAAUAAAAGCAAGGUUGGCUUCA